AUGGCGGAUACGAGGUACGUGGUGUGGAUAGGCCGACUGGAGGAGGCACACAUGCCGGAGGUUGACUUGGAGGAGGUGCGAGUAGGGUCGGCAUGUGGGUUGUGCAUGCACGGGAGGCUUGGCUUAGAGGAGGCAUACGCACGGACAUUGGCAACCAAGUAUACGAGGCUAGCGAGCGGGCGUGCAAGGCUAGAUGUGGGUACCGGUGGCCUAGAGGACGUGUGCACACGAGCGUUGAUGAACGAGCACUGCUCGCAUGCUAGAUGUUGUGGGCUGGGAGGCAUGCAACAAGGUGUUGUGGCUAAGAGGUAUGCGUGCCCUCGGUGUCUAACACUAGGGGUGUGCAAGCGCGUUGGGAUGGUCGUGGCUUGUGUGGGCGGAUGGCGUAGGCGGUUGGGUGAGAAAGAAUUGUGUGUGGGCGAGAGGAUGAAGGUGGUCGGAGUGCUUUGGGUGUGA